AACCACCACUGGACGAUCCUUUGUCUGCCCGCUACCAAUUGGCCCUUUGAAUACUUGAUCUUCUACGAAGACUGAAAGAUGGCCGAUCAACUAUCUGAGCUCACUCCAUGGAACACAGAGCAAAUCUCUGAGUUCAAGGAAGCGUUCUCCCUGUUUGACAAGGACGGCGAUGGCACUAUCACUACAAAAGAGCUCGGGACCGUCAUGCGGUCGCUCGGGCAGAACCCCACCGAAGCUGAGCUCCAGGACAUGAUCAAUGAGGUCGAUGCGGACGGCAAUGGCACCAUCGAUUUCCCCGAAUUCUUGACGAUGAUGGCGCGCAAGAUGCGCGACACCGAUAGCGAGGAGGAGAUCAAGGAGGCUUUCAAGGUCUUCGAUAAGGACGGAAACGGCUACAUCAGCGCUGCGGAGUUGAGACAUGUCAUGACGAACCUCGGUGAGAAAUUGUCUGACACUGAGGUCGAUGAGAUGAUCCGUGAAGCCGACGUGGAUGGUGAUGGCCAGAUUAAUUACGACGGUUCGUACAGAUGAUGCUGUCAAAGUAGAUACUUUACACACUUGCCGUAUUCGAUACUUCUAUUCCUUUCGUGAAGUUCCUUACCCUAAACGCAUGUAUGUGAUUUGGAGUCUCUUUUGUCUUGACGCUGUACAUCUCUUCUUCGUUGGACUCUUGCCGUUGUCUGGUUCGUAGUGAAAGCUGGUUGUAGGAGACGACGACGUUUUGAUUCCGAAGUCUGAAAUACAAAAAGAAUUUGGAGAUGAAGAUCUCGUUUUGCUUUUCUGGUCUUC